AUGCCCCCUGGGCUCGGGCUCCGUGCACCGCUCCUGGCGGCGGCCGCGCUUCUGCUCCUAGCCGUAGGUGGCGCGGCGGUGGGUAACCGCGUGAGAAAGAAGGCGGCCAGAACCCGCUCGUGUCUAGACCUUCCCGAGGAGAUACUGGAGCAGAUGUUCGGCCGCCUUUCGGUCGGCGUGCUGAGCGCCUUCCACCACGCCCUGCAGCUGGAGCCCCGCGACAGAGUCAACUUGAGCUGCCCCAGCGCCGCCGCCGUCCGCUCGGCGUCGGGCGACGGGAAGAGCAAACUACCGGUCAACCUGCUUAGCGUCUCCCCCUGGGCUUACAGGAUCUCGUACGACCCAAGCAGGUACCCACGUCACAUCCCCGAAGCGUACUGCCUGUGCAAAGGCUGCCUGACCGGACCUCAGCGGCAGGAGAGCCAGCACUACCGCAGCACUCCCGUCUACGCUCCCUCCGUGGUCCUCAGGAGGUCCGGUUCUUGCGUCGGGGGCCGGCACUCGUACUCUGAGGUCUAUGUGUCCGUGGCGGUGGGCUGCACAUGCGUCCCCCUGAUGGACAAGGACCGGGCGCUCCAAAACACCACCCGCACUCUGGACUCUUGGAGGACGGCCAAAACCAAAGCUGCACGCUUUUGGGGAUGA